AUGAUUGGUUCCGUUCCACGUGUUCCGUUGGGAGAAGUCUCGGCACAGCAAAUAACACAGCAGCUUCAACAACAACAACAACAACAACAAGCAGCUGCUCCACAGCAACCAGUACCAAUGCAACCAGCUCCAAUCAUGGCACAACCCCAGCAAAUUCCUCCGGUGCAACAACAACAAAACCAGCCUCCUAUGGCUCUAGUUGGAAUCUACGGACAAGGAAUUUUGACACCACCAACAAGAGGACACCAAGACGCACUAGAUUUUGUUUCACAAAAGAUGGAUCUGAGCUACGCCAGCGACAAACCUGGUGCGAACUCUCUCCUUCAUCACCUGCAAGACAAAGCUCGACAAGUCAAUCUAUAUGAAGUAUUUGAAGUGACAACUGCACAAGGCCAGGUUCUGAAUCUAUUUGAUCACUACCUCUCAAUCUCAUUACAACAAGUGAAAGCUGCAGCCAUCACUCGAUGGAACACCAACACUUGGAAUCGACAAGGAUCCUACAUGCUCUCACUGUCAGUAUUAAAGAGCCUCUCAACGAGCUUUCAUACACACAUCAUCAGCCACAAACCCAACUACUCGAUGCAGUCAGGAUACAGUGACGUUGCCCUUGUAUUAAAGACAAUUCUGUCCCAAGUGUUUCCUACCACCACGACUGGAACCAACAACGUGCUCACACAACUAAGUCAGCUCGACAUCAAGGACCAUGAGAACAACCUAUUGAACUUGCAUCAAGAAUUCAAACGCCUCGUUGGGAUCAUGCACGCAGCACCUGAUGGCCUUGCUAGCAUGAACAAAUCCAUGCAACGAUUCUAUUUAUUGGAAAGCUACAAAACAAUCAAAUGCGACGCCUUUACCAUGUUUGUUUUGCAACAAAAGAAUCAAAUGAAUGUUCCCAGCAUCAACGAAAUCAUGGACCGAUCCGAACAAAAGUACGUGGAAUUUGUUGACGAAGGGCUAUGGAACAAAAAGCCCAAGGAAGAAGUCAUCAUGGCACUAAAACCCGAAAAUAAGCUCCUAAAGCGGAAGACCGACAGCACACGAGACGCUCUCCGCAAGAAAAAGAAGGCUGCCAAAUCAGCCAAGAAAAAGAAAGGAAAGAAGCAACGUGGCACAACCGACGAGAACUGGAUCACCACACCUCCAUCACCAGGAAAAGAAGAUAAACCCAUCGAAAGAGACGGCAAAGAAUGGAACUGGUGCAUCCACCACCAAAAAUACGUUGUUGCAGCCGGGAAUCGACAACAAGGUCCACAUUCUUCAGCCUUUUGCGCCCUGAAUCCCAAGAACCAAAAGAAAAAGGGAAAGAAAACAGUGCAAGUCAAUGCAGCAAUUGACUCCGAAAGUUACUCCAGCAGCGACGAAGAAAGCAGCACCUCUGAGACUGAAAGCGAAACAGAAUCCAGCAACUGA